GCUCUUCUUUUCUUCCCCCUGCACCGAGCAAGGAAGCCCAGCCACCGACGCACCUCCCUUUUGAAAAACCGGUAAGGAAACUUGAUUUUUUCUUGCUUUUCUUGUUCAAGAACCAGAUUUGGAGCUUAGAAACCUCCCCCCCUGUAGAGAAAUUCCAGAUCUGCUCGGUUUCUCCCCCUCCCCUGUCCGUGAGCUGCAGCUUGUGAUGCGAUUUUUGGGCUUUUUCCGGUGCUGUUAUGGCUUAGAGCACUGGGAUUGAGUCUUCGGUAUUACGGAUUUAAAGAAGCGGAGUCAAGGAUGGGGAAAAACGAGGGGAGUGACGAGUUAGAAGGCUAGCCAUUUUGUAAAUUGAACAUGGAUUUUAGAUAUAUAUCAUGAUCUUGUAAGUAAGAUUUUAAUUGGAGAUUUUAUAAAUUCAUUUAAUGGAUUGUUAGUUUACAAGAGAUUUGACCUUGAGAUUUUGAGCUUAAGUCCAUAGCUGGUUGAGAAAUUUGCUGUGUUUGUCACAUGACCAGUGGAAGAUGGGCAACCCUCUACUUUGAUGACUUGAUUGUAAAUCUGCUUAGCCUCCAUGGGCUACGAGGUGAAGGAGUAGUCUUUGAAGUACUUGAUGCCCUAGAGUUUUGUUCCAAGAGAAAUGGUUCUUUUAUCUGGCUGCUUUGAUUUUUGUUUGCCCUUUUAAUUAGAAGAAUGUAAUCUCCUAAGUGUCCUAAUCCCCACAAUUGAUUAUUCUGUUAAUUAAUUCGUGUUACUUGGGGUGCUAGAUCUUGACAUCCUGAUUAUAUCUGCUCUUGAAUCUGUGUUCUGGUUGUCAUUAUUAAAAUCUCUUUUGUGGGCCUAAUCCUUGAAUUCUAUUGCUUGUUUCAUGGUUAACUCUUGUCUCUCAAUUUUGACUGCUUGGUUAAAUUUGAUCUUGAUUCUUGAUGAAUGCCGUUUUGUUGCUGAAUUUUUUGAGGCAUUCUACCUUGCACUCUUAUAUUCCAGUAUUCUUCCAAGCAGUCAUAUUUUCCACUGAUUUCAUUCUGGUACUAUUCUGGAAAUUUCACAUGUCAUUUGAUGGGUCUAGCUUUUAACUCUUGUUAAUUGCUAAAAUUUGUCUCUUGAUUCCAGUUGUUUGUUAAACAUGAUCUUACUUAUUGGUUAACCUUGUUUUGUGGCAGAAUGUAUAAGGCAUCCAUGCACUUGUUCAUUCAUUCAUGAUCCAUAUAUCCAUUGGAUGCCUAUCCGUCUUUGAUAAAGUUCAAAAUUUUGU